AUGGCUGGAGACUGGUGUAACAGCACCGAUUCGGAGCCCGUGUAUUCCGAUCAUGGCUUUGUGGGCCUUGGCUCCUACAUCGUCUAUUGCGUGUCAGUGUCCUUGCAUCUCUUGUGCACACACUUUUUCAAGGUGAGGAUCAGCAUCAGCCUUCUGCGGCACUGCGCCAUACAGGAUAUUAAGAAUUCAGCUCGGAAUGCCUGGACCAACAUUGGCGUCACUUCCUCCUUGGUGAUGACCACCGUGGUUGGGGCCUUGAUUGAAGGACACGAGAUGUCCCCGCAAGGCUUUUGCAUGGAACCUCUUCAGCUUCUUCAUCUUCAGCAGAUUUAUGCGUCUCUAUGUAUCACUUGCUUGUUUGCAAACAUCAACUGCAUCAUUUACUGCGUGCUCAACCUGUUUUACUGGGAUUCGUUGACCGAGUCGGAUGCCAUUGGCUUCCUGCGGGAGAAUCCGCAAGUUUUAGGAGAGACGGUCAUUUACAUGGUGGAAUCCUAUGUCUUCUUUGUCUUGGUGAUUGCCACGUGGUAUUAUGCCACUUACGGGCAGCGCCUUGCGACGGGCAUCUUCAUUUCGAUCACCGCCACGUGUAUCGCGAACUUGGCCACGGUCUGGGCCAACUUGCUCCGCUGGCGGCGGAACAAACGGUCAGAUGACUUUCCGACGUGUGGUAAAUGCUGUAAGGGGAAGGGGCGGAAACGUCCGGAGGAGUUGGAGUGGUUUCAGUUGAUGGAUUCCAUGGUGCGCUCGGACACCGCCGUUUCCGAGCAGGGUGCUGCAGCGGCCUCGACCGACGCGGCCACGGACGAGGUGGACACUCCUCAGGAGCGAAGGGUGACGAAUGAAGCGAAUGACAUGACGAAUGAAGCCUGUGAAGGUGCCGAGAGGCUGCAUGCUCAAAGAACUGCGGUCGACCGGAAUGAAGAGAUCACAGAGUUCCAUGUCUAA